UUGUUGGUGUAGUUCAGAGUGAAGAUUGUAGAAAAGGAAGAGAAUAGGAGUGUGAGCUUGUGGCCAAAAAGGGAUGCCUUUGAACUUAGGCAACGAUGGCGAUGGGUCGUCCCGGAUUAUUUUGACUGAGCCUCGCGGAUCUACUGCUGAGGUGCUUCUAUUUGGAGGACAAGUCAUUUCUUGGAAAAAUGAAAGGAGGGAAGAACUGCUUUAUAUGAGCAGCAAGGCUCAAUAUAAGCCACCCAAGGCGAUCAGAGGAGGAAUACCUGUUUGCUUUCCACAGUUUGGAAAUUUUGGUGGACUUGAGCGACAUGGAUUUGUCCGGAACAAAUUCUGGUCAUAUGAUGAAGAUCCUUCGCCUCUACCUCCUGCUAACAAACAAUCAUCAGUUGAUCUGAUAUUGAAGUCCACAGAAGAUGACUUGAAGACCUGGCCGCAUAGUUUUGAACUCCGUAUUCGCAUUUCUAUUAGCCCUGGGAAGCUUACUUUGAUCCCUCGUGUGAGGAACAUUGACUCAAAGGCAUUCUCCUUCAUGUUUGCACUGCGAAACUACUUAUAUGUAUCUGACAUAAGUGAAGUACGAGUUGAGGGUUUGGAGACUCUGGAUUAUCUAGACAACUUGAUUGGUAAAGAAAGAUUCACAGAGCAAGCAGACGCGAUUACCUUUGACGGGGAGGUCGAUAGAGUGUACUUGAACACACCAACAAAGAUUGCGGUCAUAGAUCAUGAGCGAAAGAGGACCAUCGAGUUGCGAAAGGAAGGCAUGCCCAAUGCAGUUGUGUGGAACCCCUGGGACAAAAAGGCAAAGACCAUAGCUGAUAUGGGAGAUGAAGAUUACAAAACAAUGCUUUGUGUAGAUUCUGGAGUAAUCGAACCUCCGGUAUUGUUAAAGCCACGUGAAGAGUGGAAAGGCAGACAAGAACUCUCCAUAGUCUCAUCAAGUUACUGCAGCGGACAGCUUGAUCCACGCAAGAUCCAAGACUGUGGAGCUCAUAUCAAUUGCCCCAACUGCUCUUACCGCAUUGACAACAGCAAUGUACUGAUUCCAUGGCCUGGCCUUCCUAAAGGUGUCAAGUUUGAGCCAGCUGAUGAGGACAUUAUCGAAUUUUUGGAAGCUAAAUGUGGGAUUGGGGGCUCUGAACCCCAUGUGCUUAUCGAAGAGUUCAUUCGUCCUGUCACUGAAGAUGUUGGAAUCAAUUACACUCACCCUCAAAACCUUCCUGGUGCAAACAAAGAUGGAGUGAGUGUCUUCUUCUUUCACAAGACAGUGCAGGCAUAUGGAACAGGACAGAGGAAACGCAGAAAGAUCACACCGACACUUGUGAACGAUGAACCAGUUCGUUGGCACAAGACAGGCAGGACCAAACCUGUGCUGCUCAAUGGAGUCCAAAGGGGUUGCAAGAAGAUCAUGGUGCUCUACAAGAGCGCUAGAAAGGGAUCGAAGCCUGAGAAAUCAAACUGGGUUCUGCAUCAGUACCAUCUAGGAACUGAAGGAAAAGAGAUAGGAGACUAUGUUGUUUCCAAGAUCACAUAUCAGCAGCAGAAGCUUGGGGAUAAUCCUGAUGAAGGUGAGAGUUCCGGGGUUAGAGGUGGCCCAAGAACACCAAAGACGAAUACUCCUACGCCACCAAGCCUUGUAGAUGGUGUUGCUGGAGAUGAAGAAGCUUUUGAUGAUUCAAAGAUGUUCGAUCCAUUUUUUGAGGGACUUGACAGCAUUCCUGAAGCUGCUUUAGGGAAGAUGUGGUCCAAAAAAGCUCGAAUGGAUGAGGAAUUUGUUGUAAACCUUAGUGAAGAUAACUUAACAUGCGACGAAAGCAUUGAAGCUUCGCCGCUUUGGGAAAAUCAGGUUCUCCCCAAUCCUACUAGCCUGGGAACUGUUGGGGAAUUCGAUGGUUUUUCGAUUUCAGAUCUGGAGAAUGCAGAUUUAGGGACUCCCCCUGAUUUGCUCACUUUGGCUUCUCAAGAGAGUUUGCUGAAUUGGAUUGGAUGGCUGUGAUUGGAUUCUUGCUGCUAAACCAAGAACCUCCUCUAAUACGGCGUUUUCUCGGAGAAAAGCUGAAGAAGGAAAAAGCUGGAAGAUGUAUAAAUAAGAAAACUUUAUAAGUCUCCGCCACUGAAGUCAUAUCUCUGUGAUAAUUUUACUUCAGGAGAUCAGUUUUCUCUCGGAUUCCCGGAAAGCUGCUUAUAUAUUCCGGGAAUAAUCAUUUUCAAUCUCUGAAUCUGCUCUUCAUUGUUGUAUUUCAAAAAGAUAUUUUGACCUCUGUGCUCUUUGCUGUGUUAUGGUUACUCUGUUUUGUUUGGCUCAAGGUCUAACGGUUAUAAAUAUUUAUUUUUGGG